AUGGUCUCAGCAGCGGCUUCUGGGGGACAAUGGAACAUUCGACGAUGUCGUGGCCAUCACCUACGGGCGAUGAUGGCCUGCAUCUACUCUGUUCCAGCUCCGGCGGAAGACGCGGCGGGGGAUCGUCGCCUAUGGCAUCACGGGGAAGGAAACUACAGGCCUUGCUUCUCUAGCAAGGAAACUUGGGAGCAACUCCGAUCUCAUCAUCCUCGGCUCAACUGGACCCGAGUGGUCUGGUUUCAACAGGGCGUUCCUCGUUUUUCUUUCAUCACAUGGCUGGCUUUUCUUGACAGACUGGCGACAGGAGCAAGAAGCAAAGCAUGGGGAUGCAUUCAACCAUGUAUUCUCUGCGGUGAACCGGAUGAGACUCGCGACCAUCUGUUCUUUGCUUGUCCAUACUCCUUUACGGUGUGGAUUGAUCUAACAGGCUUUCUGCUAGGAUCUCGUGUGAGUCCGGACUGGACUCUCACUGUUACUUCGCUCCUCUCUUCGCGCAGGAAGGAGAUAGAUACUUGCCUCCUCAAGCUUGCGUUCCAAGCUACGAUUCAUAGCAUUUGGCGCGAGAGGAACAACAGGCGCCACCAGGGGGAUCCUCUCAGCCCAUCUCAGGUGGUUCGCUACAUCGAUAAGACCAUCAGAAAUAGGAUAUCUUCGCUUCGUCACCGGAAACCAGCCUUCUAUGGCGAAAUGAUGCAGAGAUGGCUCUCAAGGCCAACUCCAUCAUAA